UCAUCACACCCCCCAUUCUCUUCUUCCCUUUCCUUUUUCCUUUUUUUUCCCAUUUCCCAUUUUUGUUUUUUUCAAUCGGCCAGCUUCUCUCUCUUUCUCUCCCUGUGUGUUGUGAGAAAUUUCUAGAGAGAGAAAAAACCUAUUGCCGGAAAUGCUCUUCUCUCCGACGCCGUUUCAACUUCAUUUGCACGCUAUCUGAGGCUGAGUAAUACCUACAAUCCAAUCCACAAGCAGUUAACUUAUCCCUAGAAAUGGAAUAAGAGGUGGAACGAAAAACGAGAGAGAGGGAGGAGAGAGUUUAUGAGCGAAAAAUGCCUGAAGCAGUUCUUCUUGUGGAGCCUAGCGACGUCGUUUCAAGCACCAAGAAGAAGAGAUCGGAGGAAGAUAAGGUGACAGUGGCGGAAAAACAAAUGGUGCCAGCAGUACCCGCACCGCAGCCUAUAGUCGUUAACUGGAGUCGAUCUCAAGCGGCCACUCGUCGUGUUACUCCGACCACUAUCGCUUUACCUGACCCCACCGUAGCGUCCGGGACGGCCGAUUCCGUGGUUGAGAAGCCGCUCCCAAACGGCGAUCUCUACAUUGGAAGCUUCUCCGGGAACGUCCCGCACGGAUCGGGAAAGUAUUUGUGGACGGACGGGUGCAUGUACGAGGGCGACUGGCGGAGGGGGAAGAACUCGGGGAAAGGGAAGUUCUCGUGGCCGUCCGGUGCUACAUACGAGGGCGAGUUUAAGUCGGGCCAUAUGGAGGGAUUUGGAACCUUCAUCGGAUCCGAUGGGGAUACAUACCGUGGGACCUGGUGUUCGGAUCGGAAACACGGAUAUGGACAGAAACGGUACGCCAACGGAGAUUUCUACGAAGGAACCUGGAAGAGAAAUCUCCAAGAAGGACAGGGCCGUUAUGUUUGGAAGAAUGGGAAUGAGUAUGUUGGCGAAUGGAAGAACGGCGUGAUUUCAGGCCGCGGCGUCUUGAUUUGGUCUAAUGGGAAUCGCUAUGAUGGGCAAUGGGAGAACGGAAUUCCCAAGGGGGAUGGAGUCUUCACUUGGCCCGAUAGCAGCCGCUACGUUGGGACCUGGAACAAGGACGUGAAGGUGCAGCAUCUGACCGGGACAUUCUAUCCAGGGAACGGAAAGGAGCAUUCCUUGAAAGAGUACGAGAACAGUCUGGUGAGUAAUUUGAUGGUGGCCACAAGGAAGAGGUCGUCAGUGGAUGGGGCGAGGGGUAGCUUCACGGAGAGGAAUUUUCCAAGGAUUUGCGUUUGGGAGUCCGAUGGGGAAGCUGGGGACAUUACCUGUGAUAUUAUCGAUAAUGUAGAGGCUUCGAUGAUUUACAGGGAGGGUUUGGGCUGGGAUCGCGACGAGAUUGGGCAGUUUAGGAGGAAUCCGUGUUGCUUUAGUGGUGAGGUGAAGAAGCCUGGACAGACGAUAUCGAAGGGACAUAAGAAUUACGAAUUGAUGCUUAAACUACAGUUGGGUAUCAGGUAUUCUGUUGGGAAACAUGCUUCCAUCAUCCGGGACCUGAAGCCGAGUGAUUUUGAUCCGAAGGAGAAGUUCUGGACGAAGUUUCCACCAGAAGGGUCAAAGAUAACUCCACCUCAUCAAUCAGGGGAGUUUCGGUGGAAGGAUUAUUGUCCUGUAGUCUUUAGGCGACUGAGGGAGCUUUUCCAGGUGGAUCCUGCUGAUUACAUGCUGGCCAUAUGUGGAAAUGAAGCCCUUAGGGAACUUUCUUCUCCAGGGAAGAGUGGAAGCUUCUUUUACCUAACUCAGGAUGAUAGAUUCAUGAUAAAAACAGUGAAGAAAUCUGAAGUCAAGGUGCUCAUAAGGAUGCUUUCUAGCUACUACCAACAUGUUUGUCGGUACGAGAACUCCCUCGUGACAAAGUUUCAUGGUGUACAUUGCGUUAAACCCAUUGGUGGCCAGAAGACACGAUUUAUAGUGAUGGGUAAUUUAUUCUGCUCCGAGUACCGAAUACAUAGGAGAUUUGACUUGAAAGGAUCCUCUUAUGGCCGCACAACUGAUAAGCCUGAGGGUGAGAUUGAUGAAACAACAACACUGAAAGACCUGGACCUCAAUUUUGUUUUUCGCCUGCAGCUGAAUUGGUUCCAGGAGCUUAUGAAGCAAAUUGAACGGGAUUGUGAGUUUUUGGAAGCUGAGAAAAUCAUGGAUUACAGUCUUCUAGUUGGUCUGCAUUUUCGUGACGACAACAAUUAUGACAAAAUGGGUUUGUCGCCUUUUCUUUUACGUACCGGGAAGAAAGAUUCUUUUCAAAAUGAGAAGUUCAUGCGUGGCUGCCGCUUCCUUGAAGCAGAACUGCAAGACAUGGAUCGAGUUUUAUCUGGGCGGAAGCCUUUGAUCAGGUUAGGAGCAAACAUGCCGGCCAGAGCUGAGCGGAUGGCUCGUAGAAGUGACUUUGAUCAGUACACCCCUGGUGGAUAUAGUGAUUUAACCCCUUCACGCAGAAGUGAGACUUAUGAAGUAGUCCUUUAUUUCGGGAUUAUUGACAUUUUACAAGACUACGACAUCAGCAAAAAGUUAGAGCAUGCCUACAAAUCCUUGCAAGCAGACCCUGCUUCAAUCUCAGCAGUUGAUCCCAAACUCUAUUCUAAGAGGUUCCGAGACUUCAUCGGGAGAAUUUUCAUAGAAGACAGGUAGCAAUGAGGAGAAUUCAAAUGAGAUUCAACAAAACCUCAGCUGCACCCUUCUAGUGCUACAGCUUGCAGGUUCGCCGAACCAGAAUACUGAAUGGAGCAAAUGAUUUGUGGGUUAAAGAAAUCAAGCAAAGCCACUGCAAUGUGGCUGGAGUCCUCGAUGACCACAAUUUUGGGAUUGUUACUGGCUGAAUUUUGUAGAACAGCCUUGGUGUUGAAGUGGACGGAUUAAUAGAUUAUUGCACAUGGAAAGCGGAGGAAGCAAUGAGGGGAUCACAAUAUCCUUAUUUGUUUCUUUUUUGGAAUGUUUGUUGUUCACUGGGAUAUGUGAACUGAGAAAACUCAAAAGCUAGGUAUAGGGAACUGGGAAAAUGUUUUUCUCAGAGGAGAUUCAGAGUGGUGGGUGGGUGGGUAGGACUUUGGAAUAAGAAGUGUACAGCCUAUAGAAAAAGAUGGGGGGAUAGUUUAUGCAUUUAUGGAGGGUUUGAUGAUUUUUUUUUUGUGAUAUUUUAUCAGAAAAGAAAGAAAAAUAUGUUUGAAUGACAG